UCUAUUCAAAAGUGAAAUUCUAACAUUUUUAUUCAAACAAAAUUUUAAGUUGAAAAUAGCAAAAAAUGCGUGGUAUUCUUGGCUGCUUGCUAACUUACCGCAUGGAACCGCGUCUUUUGCAGAUAUCACGUUGUUUCAGCUACCAUGCUCCGCAUUUCCGUCCGCGUAGUGUGCUCGGUGCCAACAAGCUUUUCGAGCUAGCCAGCUCCACUUCCCCCGGUUGCCAGGCGACAAAGAUUACAAUAUCGACGAGUUCCGGUCAAAUUCGGGUACAGAGGUACUCGCAGACGACCUCCAAUGUCUUUAACAUCACCGAAAAUGUGGACAUGCUGCGCAAGCGGAUUAGCUUUACUGGUGCACCCAACACUACUGCUCAGAUCCUGCCCAUUGGAUUAAUCACACCAGAAGCUGGUGGCGAGAAGGACCUUAAGAUCGUGAUUGUUCCUUUAAACUUGGCUGGCAUGGAUGCCAACGCCCUGAAGGAGACGCUUGAGGCCAUUAACCAACUGCGCAUGUACGCGCACCAUAUCGAGGCCUUUUCCAGCAGUAUGGUCGACGACUACAAUGCCUUGAAUGAGGCCUUCCAGGAGGUUGAAGCGAAGAAGGAACAAGAAGCAAAACCGGAGGUUACCGCCGAAGAUAAUGCAGUCUGGGAGGACUUUGCCACACCCGAUGCCACAGCCGAUGCCGUGGCCACUCCAGCGGUCGAUCUGCCCCUUCAGACCGACACGCCAUUGCAGCGCCAGGAGGCGGUUAGCUUCCUAAUUGAUACCUUGACUAAUGCCACUCCAGCAGCUGCCCCCCCGCCGCUGAAGACCACCAAAACUAUAUCGGCCGUGGCUCAGCCCAAUCCGGAACCACCUAGCCCAGCCUCGACCAUGGAAACCGACCUUCAAGCAGCUAUUCAGGGGGGCGAUGCCAUUGAUGAGGUUCAAGUGGAUGUUCCACAGGACCUAAGUGAUCGCCUCAACUGUAUGGCCGUCUCCUCCAUGGAGCUCUCAUUCGAGAUGGACAUGACCAACCUGCGCGAAGCCCUGUCCAACAAAGACGCCAAUGCUGUUAGCAACCAAGAUCCCAUGAUUUGCAUGCAUACCAAAGUGGAAAUGGAGAAGCCUACAGAGGGAAAACAAACUGUUCCGCUCAGGUUCAAUGGCUUGAUUUCGGGACUUGUGGAGCUCGAUGCCCAAAAGCUGAAUUUGACGGACGAGCAGAUGACCGGCUUUAACGAUAGCCUCACCGCGUUGGCGGCCAACCUGUGCAGCACAGCCUUGGAUAAAGGCUUCUCCAAGGACAUCAAUCUAACGUUAAAAGCGGAUGACACCACCAUGAGCCUAGCGCCUAGUGCCGAACUGAAGAUUGCUGAUCAGCCUCAGGCGAAUUUUGCGCUUCCUUUGGAAGUGCCGGUGCCGACUGAUAAAGAUGGGUGCAAGCAUCCACCUGUAAAGCCGAAGCGGAAGUGUCCUGGCAAGUGUCCUCUAAUUGAUGAUCCCUGCAAGGAGAAUCCCUGCAAGCGACCCGCCGAAAAGCAGAAGCCGCCUAAGAAAGCUGAGAGUACCACGGAGAUCAUAGCUUUUGCCAAGGACCCCUGUGAGAAAAAGGAUCCAUGUGCCAAGGACGACAAGGAUGCCAAGAAGGACCCAUGUGCCAAGGAAGGAGGCAAGGAUGGCAAAGAUGGCAAAGAUGGCAAAGAUGGCAAAGACGGCAAGGGUGGCAAAGAUGGCAAAGACGGUAAGGGUGGAAAAAAUGGAAAGAAUGGGAAGGGUGGCAAAAAUGGCAAGAACGGCAAGAAAGACCCUUGUGCCAAGUUCAAGAAGGAUGGCAAAAGUGGCAGCAAGUUUUCGACUUUCGCCGCACAUCAUAAACCCAACAAGCGCUACCUAUCCACGGCACUGAAUCAGGUUUUUAAAGAGACUGGAUCACAUUCAAGUCCUAAGGGUCCACGUUUCCUUGUCCACUCGACACUUCUGCGUCGUCACUAUCGUGGCACCGUUCCAAAGGCCCCAGAAUCUGACCUCAAACAACGAAUGGUGCACAAGGCUAGUCCUCCUGCCCGCUUUACCAUACACUCGACCAUUCUGCGUCGAACCUAUUCAAAAAAAAAGAAGUCUGGUAGCGGCAAGUGCUCUAAAUUGCAGACCAAGUUUCCUACAAGUAGGGGCAAGGAUAUCAAGGAGCGCACGGGUAUUCGCGACGACUGCUUCAAAGAUGACGCUGACAGCUGCCCCUUAAAGACCUGUAGCGGCAAGUGCUCCAAGGUCAAGUUCCCCAAGAAGAAGUGUGACCGCAGUAACAAGGACAAAAAAAGAGUAGACAGGCUGUUGGGCCAGGGUGCUCCAGUUCAGCUGCCAUCGCAGCAACGAUCAUUCAGCACCCGGGCUUGUACCCAACAGUCUCCGUCGCAUUCGGAUACACCCAAGCGCGUCCCCAAUAGCCAGGCAUAUGCUUUGCAUAUUUCGGACCCAUAUAAAGUUGAAUUGGUACCAAUGAGUAAACCCAGUCCAAGAGAUUUCGAUGUCCUUAUACGAACAGGUUCAGUGGCAAUCUCGGGCUCAGACAUUCAUGUCUAUGAAAGCGGCAACCGUGCCGUAGAAGCUAUGUCUCUGGGUCACGAUGCCACGGGAUACGUGGAAGAAGUCGGCCGCAGUGUCCAACAUCUGCAAGUUGGCGAUCGUGUGGUUGUCGAAUCGGCACUAUCCUGCAGCAUUUGCGACUUUUGCAAACAGGGUCUUUACAACAUGUGUGCCGGUUUGGUAUACAAUGGCUUUCUGAGUACCUUUCAAACGCAUCCGGCUGACUUGUGUCACCGUUUGCAUCCGUCAAUAAGCAUGGAGGAGGGAGCCCUAACCCAAACCUUAGCCCAGGGAUGCCAGGCGUGCUUCAAGGGGAACAUAACACCUACUAGCAAUGUCCUUAUUCUGGGAGCCUGUCCAACGGCAGCAGCAGCUGCAAUUUGCGCCCAAGCAAUGGGAGCCAAGAAGAUAACAAUAGCUGGAUGCAUUGGUCCAGCUCUCGAAAUGAUCGCCAAGGACUUGGGCUUCGAUACUGUUGAGUUCGAUCACAAUAGCAUCUUCGGCGAGGUACUCGAGAUCAUCUACAGCAAGUUUCAGGCCUGGCCCAGUUGCGUGAUCAACUGUUCCAUUUCUGCCAUGUCAAUGAACCUGGCAGUUAUGGCUCUGCAGCCGUGUGGUAUAUGUGUACUAUCAGAGUGCGAUUCGGAGUGUGCCAGCUUCAAUGCACUUGACGUUCUGAUGAAGAAUAUCCGGUUGAUACCUAGUUUUCGAUCCGCCAAUAUGUAUCCUACUGCCCUGCAACUUAUGGAAUCGGGUCAGGCGCCCAUGAUCAGGUUCAUCACCGCCACGUUCCCCUUAUGCGAGGCGGACGACGCCUUCCGGUGUGCGCAACAUGAGUCGAAUAUGGGGCUGGGGAAAGUCAUUGUUAACUGUGCAGAAAAUGCUACGAUGGACGAAGAUUGUUGAAAUUCUUAGUGACAUAGUAAUAUCUAAAUGGCUGUCUGAAAAAAUAAAUAGUUUUAAGAGUUGCAAUAACAAGA